UGAGGUUUUUGUAGGGUUUUCUUCUUUUGAUGUGUCACGGAGAAAGAAAGCAGAGAGUCGGAACGACCAACGGAAGAAAAUGGAGUUCGACAAGAGGAAAGCAGCGGUAUUAGCGUCGCUGGGCUCGACGGAAACGGACAAAUCACCAAAAGGCACGUUGGACGAACCAAUCAUCCCUCUCCUCAACGUCAUCAACAAAAACCCCGCUUACUUCACCACCAGCUCUUGCUCCGGCCGUAUCUCUAUCCUCUCUCAACCAAAGCCUCUGCCCACAGUCUUGGCUAGCAAUACCAAGAAAAAAGCCCGAGGUGGUUCAUGGCUCUUCAUCACCCACGACCUGGCGGAUCCCGACUCGGUCGUCUCCCUCCUCUUCCACACUGAGUCAACUCACGAUGUAGAUCAGCCCAGUGAGUUAGUUUUCCGGUUCGAGCCAUUGAUAAUCGCUGUUGAGUCCAGAGACCUCUCAUCAGCGCAGUCUCUGGUAUCAAUGGCUAUAGCUUGUGGGUUUCGAGAAUCUGGGAUUACUUCUUGCGGUGGCAAAAGGGUAAUUAUAGCUAUACGGUGCUCCAUAAGACUGGAGGUGCCUUUGGGUGAUACCCGGAAGGUGAUGGUCUCGCCCGAGUACGUGAGGUUCCUUGUUGGGAUUGCUAACGAGAAAAUGGAAGCUAAUAGAAAGAGAACUGAUGGGUUUUUUCAAGCUCUAAGGAGUAAUAUGGUUGUGAGUCCUGCUGUUUUGCUGAGCGAGGAUCAAGUAGUGAUGAAUGGAGGAAUGCGUGAUAAGGAGAAUCAUGGUCGUAGUGGUGCUGAUCAAGAUGGGGAUGGGCCAGUAGGAGUUCCUUCUUGCAUUCCGUCUAUUUCCCAGGUUUUAGUUGUUGGUGAACCUGUGGGAAAGCUUUUCUUGUGGGGUCACUCGUCAUGUGCAUUGGAUAAUGAAGACCGCAAAGAAAUUUUUGUAUUUGGUGGUUUUGGGGGCAUGGGAAGACAUGUGCGGAGAAAUGAGUUAUUAUUGCUUGAUCCAAUACUUGGUACACUAAGAGCGGUUGAUACAGAGGCCUCUCCAUCUCCACGAUUAGGUCACACAUCUUCUUUAGUUAAGGAUCAAAUGUUUGUCAUUGGAGGUAGGGCUGAUCCUUUGAAAAUUCUGAGUGACAUUUGGGUCUUCAAUACAGCUAAAGAUGAGUGGAGAAAAUUAGAAUGUAUUGGCAAUAUAUUUCCUCCCAGGCAUCGGCAUGCAGCAGCAGUUAUUGGAUCGAAAAUAUAUGUAUUUGGUGGGUUAAACAAUGAGACAAUUUCAUCAUCCUUGCAUGUACUGGAAACAGACAGCCUGCAGUGGAAGGAGAUAUUAGCCAAUGGACAAUGGCCAUGUGCCCGUCAUUCUCACACAAUGGUUGCAUUUGGGUCUAAGUUAUUCAUGUUUGGAGGAUGCAAUGGGGAGAAAGCUCUAGGUGAUUUGUAUAGUUUUGAUGUUCAAACAUGUUUAUGGAAGGAAGAAAAGGUGGCUGGGAGAAGUCCACAUGCAAGGUUCUCCCACUCAAUGUUUGUCUACAGAAAUUUUCUUGGGAUCGUUGGGGGUUGUCCUGUCAGACAAAAUUCUCAAGAGUUGGCAUUGCUUGACCUGCAGUGCUAUGUCUGGAAGCACGUGGCUCUCCAAUCUAUGGCUAAAGAGUUGUUUGUGCGCGGUACAGCCAGUAUUGUUGGUGAUGAUCUUGUUAUGAUUGGUGGUGGUGCUACUUGUUAUGCUUUUGGAACAAAGUUUAGUGAGCCAAUGAAAAUUGACUUAGCCCAAAUAAUUCCUUUUUUGGAUGGCUAUCAAAUGCUUUCAGGUAGAAGAGGAACUCAUGUUAUGUACCAGGAUGAAGGGGUUACUGAACAGGAGAAUGACAACCAUCAAGAUCUAGAAACUGGAAAUGAGUUGUCUCAAACUUGUAGCUUAAAAUUUGAGGUUGAACCACAAAGUGCAAAUGCUGGGAUGGAGAUGCCUACUUCACAGUGGAUAGUAAAACUAGAAAGAAAAUAUGCAAAGUUAGGAAAGGAUAUUUUAAAGAAGUUUGGCUGGUUGGAUCUUAAGAGGAAAGUUUAUUCAAAGGACAACAAUCUACAUAUUUGUUUCCCUGUGAUUCAGAAAUUUUCUGUUAUAUUCCACGAAAAGCAGCUGGAGAAUGAAAAGGAUUGCUCAAAUAUGCCUAGACCACUUAGAAGAGAUGCUUUUUCUUUAGAUGAGCUUUCUUCUUCAACGGCUUUAGAUCUUCUUGAGGAAUGUGGUGCUGUAAAAGUGGUAGAUGAAAUUGUUGAAGUCAGAAAAGUUUCCAAAUCUCCCUUUCAAAAGAUGAAUGAAGCUGUAGCCUCUUUGAUUGAGAAUAAAGGCUUAUCAGCUAAACUUCUAGAAGAGCUGCCCACAAGGUGGGAGCGACUUGGAGAUAUUGUUGUGCUUCCAGUAACAUGCUUCAAGGAUCCAAUUUGGGACUCUCUGGGGAUGGACCUUUGGCCUGCAGUUGCAAAAUCACUUAAUACUUGCCGUCUGGCUUGCCAAGGUCGAGUUGCACCAACUGGUACUAGAGAUAGUACUUUGGAGAUUCUUGUAGGAGAUAAUGGCUGGGUUGAUCAUCGUGAAAAUGGGAUUCUAUACUCUUUCGACGCUACAAAGUGCAUGUUUUCUUGGGGCAAUCUCUCAGAAAAAGUUCGCAUGGGUUGUUUAGACUGCAGAGAUGAGGUUAUUGUAGAUCUGUUUGCUGGAAUUGGAUACUUUGUGCUUCCAUUCCUUGUCAGGGCAAAAGCGAAGUUAGUCUAUGCUUGCGAAUGGAAUCCCCAUGCUGUUGAGGCCCUUCGGCAUAAUCUUCUAGCCAAUUCUGUCUCUGAUCGCUGUGUCAUCCUGGAGGGUGAUAACCGGAUUAUGGCACCAAAAGGCGUUGCUGAUCGUGUCUGUCUUGGUCUUCUUCCAACAAGUGAGGGUAGCUGGGUUACCGCUGUAAGGGCGUUAAGAUCUGAGGGUGGGGUCCUGCACUUGCAUGGGAAUGUGAAGGACUCCGACAAAAUGUGGACCAAACAUGUUGAGGAAUCAAUACUAGAAAUCGCCGAAUCUGAGGGUCGUUGUUGGGAAGUUACUGUAGAACAUGUCGAGAGAGUGAAAUGGUACGGCCCACACAUUCGCCAUCUCGUUGCAGAUGUGAGAUGCAGGAUGAUACAAACAUAAUCUCAUUCCACAUUCAAGAACAGUGA